AUGGCCCGCACUAAACAUGCAGCAAAGGAGGCAGCAGCACCCAGGACUCCUGAUAGACCAAGCAAGAGGAUGAGAACGAAAUGUUCUGGCGGUGAUGUCCCUGCAGCCCCUCGAGCCAAAGCCGAACCUGCAGUCGAACCAAACCCUCGAGCUAGUGCCGCAGCCGAACCUGCAGUAGAAGUUCGCCAGUCACUUGCACCCUUGGGAUGUGAGGUUUCCUGGGAAAACUUUGCGGAGUGCAAGGCUCACUUUGGCCUUUCUGAAGUCGAAACCAUUCGGGUUUUGACCUCUUUGAUCGGACCUCGGCCCAAAGGAUUUUCCUUGGAGUCCCCUUCAAGUGCCACAGCGGCUUCUGUGAAACCUGCUUCCAUGAAACCUGCUCAUGUGAAAAAGGAAGUUGAGCCCAAGCCACCUGCAGCAGCACCUGAAGAGCCACCCAAGAGACGCAGACUGAGACAGAUGGACUACGAGCCUAUCGACAACCAGUUGGGUGAUCCUACGAUGUAUCCCGAGCUGAACCCAGAUGCCUAUACUACGGAUGAUACCACCCUUGAUGAACCUGAAGAUGGUGAAGAAGAAGAGCUGGAGGAUGACAAUGAUGUUGAAGAUGAAGUUGACGUUGCAGCCAAUGGAUCCAACAACGAUGACCAGGACUCUCCCCAGGGUGGUGCUGCUGCAGAGCCAGCUGAAGAAUCCAUUGGCCGUCCAGAGCCUGUGGAACCUGUGGAACCUACCCGCAUCGCUGUUGAGAAGCCUGAUGAUCCCGCAGCAGCAGCCAAGGAGCAGUUGCAAGAAGCCUUGAAGAGCACACCGACCCCAACCCGACAAGGACGUCACGUUGUACAAGCAGAGCGCAUUGACUCUGGAGAAAACCCAUCCAUGAAGUCUUUGCGGUCGUGCAGUACCCUUGUGCUUGGACAGACGCACCUAUCGCGGCAGGCUUCGGAUCGGAAAUGUGGCUUGGUGAGACGUGCUUCCACUGCCCAUCUUGACAAACGUCCUUCUGAUGAUGAGACCGAGUUGGGACCUUCUGCUUCAGAAGUUCAUGAGCACAAGUUGGAUGCCCUGGUGAAAUCAUUGAGCCACAUCCAGAGCGUCUUGGAGGACCCUGCGAUGCGCGAGGUGAUUGGGAAUUUGGCCCCACAGCUCUUGGACCUCAACAAGAACCACGAGAUGGCUGAAGCUCAUGCUGGAAAGCCUGCAAGUUCCAAUCCUGGAAAGCGUACUAUGGCACCCCCGGCAGCACCGUCCACCAAGUCAGCAAAGACCAAGGAAAACAAGAAGGAGAUGAAUGGCCCCAAUGAUGAAGACCCUGCCAAGACUUCACCUGCUACCAAGCCUGAUGAAGACCCUGCCAAGACACCUGAUGAAGACCCUGCCAAGACUUCACCUGAUGAAGACCCUGCCAAGACUUCACCUGCUACCAAGCCUGGACCCACGGAUGAAACUUCGCCUGGAGAGACCAAGAUCAAUUCCAGCACCCACAGGGCCGCCCAUGCACGAUUGGAAAAGCAGCAGCUUCUUCAGCAGUUUGUUCAGCAUGGCGAGAACAUGAAGGCCAUUGAGAUGGACUUGAAAGUGACGAAGGAGCAGGAAGGGGAGACAUGCUUAAAGCGUGAACUGCUGACGAUCAGAGAAAUGAAAGCGAAAGGUUUCAGUCAGGCCAAGAUUGACACCAUCAUUUCACGAUCGACACCCCAUCCUGAUCCUGAUGCCCCUGAAUGUCCAGAAAGCGUACGUUUUUGGGCGACAUCGGGUGGUGAGUUUUCAGAGAAAGAACGCACUCGGGUGACAGCAACAGCCAGUGCACGCGUCGCUCCAUCGGCUACUGGAUUGGCAGGCUUGAUGCAGCAUGAUGUUCCUAGCUCUGGUGCACCUACACCUUGUGGCAAUGGGCCUACUCUCCGGGCUUCGGUGGAUGUUGCCAACAGCACGCCUGCUGCAGAGCCUACUCCUAAGGCGAAAGCUAAGGCAAAGGGCAAAGUUGCGCAGGUGACUCCCAAGACCCCAGCUGAGCAGCGAAACCAGCUCCGGAAAGAGUUGAACAAUGUGAUCAACGUGGGUUCGGAGCUGCCAUCUGACACCCCCAUCCGAGAACAGCUCGUGAAAAAGAAGCAGGAUCUUGAAACUUACAUGGAUGUGCUGAAGGACCAAACGGAUGAAAUGCUGGAUCAGUUUGAAUCGGUCAAAGCCACACGGCUGAUUCGCGCUCAGGCCAAGGCGGUGGCCAAUGAGCUGAAGAAAGACGCUGAGGCUUCAACGCUGAUUGACGAGGGAUAUCUCCGAGCCCUACUGACUUCUUGGGAGGAUCUUGAGCCCUAUUGGAAGGGGAUGCUACGGGAUUUCCCAUCUCAUGUUGUUGCUGACAGAGUGCGUCGGCUUCGUCUCUAUGUGAUGGGGUUUCGGGCGGACUGGAAGGCGCUGGUCGCUUUGUUCAACUUUGAACGCAACUAUGGGACCAAUGAGGUUUGUUGGCUGUGUGGUGCAACGAAGGGUAAUGAUGGUGAUCUUACCAACUGCUAUACCAACAUCGCUCCUGAUGCGGGGUGGUGGGCAACUAUGGGUCGUUGUCUUCCAUGGUCAGUGCCGCCUAGCUACGCGAACCUCCAAUGCUUUGAUAUCAAUAUGAUCAUGCCUGAUCUCCUUCACGCUUGGAAUUUGGGAAUGGCGCGCGAUUUUUUGGGAAGCGCGUUGAAGCUGAUUCUGCAACAGCGCGAUAUCUUUACAGGGCCGACGCUGGAAGCUAGAUUGUUGGAAGCGACCCAUUCACUGAAAAUGUUUGCCAAACAACAUGGUCACCCACUACGCUGCAAAAAGUUCACCAAGGGCAAGUUGUGCUGGAAGACUCGGAAAUACCCAUCACUGGGUGUUUCAGGAUACGAUGCCUAUGUGAUUGCUUUAUGGCUGGAGGAUGUGCUGUCUGGACAUCACCAGAAAUACCCGGAGAUAUCUUCCAUGUUGUGGCUGAGCAACAGAGCCAUAUCUUUGAUGUACAGUCAAGAGAGUUGGUUUUUGAGUCAGCAAGAGAAGGACACUUUGGAAGUCCUUGGCUUUGCGUUUUUGAAAAUUUACAUGUCCAUGGCUGUGACUGCCUUGCAGCAGCACAAGCUGCUGUGGAAGGUACGUCCGAAGGUCCACCUAUUAUGUCAUGUGUUCAGGUCGUUUCGCUCUUGCAACCCUGCUCGGUACAGCACAUGGUUAGACGAAGAUUUCCUACGUAAAAGUGGGAAAACCUUAGGUCUUACUGAUAGCCGUGGGUCUCACCUGAGGUUCCUUCAACGUUGGCUUAUGGCUCUUCCGGGCCACUUCAAAAAAAAAUUGGGGGUACAGACUCAAAGCUAG